AUGACGUCACAUGUAGCAAGCAGAAUCUCAGCGGUUCCGUCAGUGAGGAGGAGCAUAACCCAGAUUAGGAUUAUCUUUGUGGUUCUGGUCGAGCAAUCGAACAUGUCCUUCUGUCGGUUCGGUGGAGAGGAAAUCUACAAGGAUCACUUUAAACCAGGACUGUACGUCUGCUCCCGCUGUCUCCACCCCCUGUUCUCCAGCCGCUCCAAGUUCCCCCACUCGUCUCCAUGGCCGGCGUUCAGAGACACGCUGAGGGAAGACAGUGUCACCAAGAUGAUGGAGACCCUCACCGCCUUCAAGGUUCUGUGUGGGAAGUGUGGCUCUGGACUGGGCCACCAGUUCCUGAAUGACGGUCCAGAAAACGGGACAUCCCGGUUCUGAAUCUUCAGCCACUCUAUCCACUUCAUCCCAAACAAAGGUGAGGAGGCGCGAUAGAGACGCUGGUUCUGCUUGGAUCGGGUCGGGUCAGACGGUGACGUGGACGGGGAAAAGCCUGAGAAGGACGUCCUGCCCACUGAAGAGUCCGGUCUCAGCUUAGCCUGUACAAACUGAACUGAUUCUGUUGACAUGUAAAUACAAACCAUGAAGCUUCACUCUGCUCUGGAAGAAGAACUUUUUAUUUUUAUUUUCAAUCAAAGUAAAAUCAUUACAGCCAAACUAAAAUCUAACAAUCUAUCCAGCAAAUCCAGUUUUAUUAAACUUGGAAAUUUAAUAAAAAUGACCUAAAUAUUGUUUUCAUGGCUCAGAAUGGACAAAAAAUGUUUUUUAUUUUCUGUCCAGCCCUUUAAGAAUUUCAAAAUGGGAACAAACCUCCUUUUAACAUUUUUAAUUUGCAAAAGUUUACUCAACUUUUUCCAGCAAAACACAACAAAUGUAUUUAUUAAUGAAAGCAUCUCAACCCAGUUUAUUAUUAAGCAGGUGAAAAACUUUUAGCUUCUUCUGUGUCCUUUUUCCUUUGACUGUGUGAUAAAAUCCCCCGUCUGCAGCAGUUUCUGCAGCAGUUUGGUGUCUGCAGCAGUUUCUGCAGCAGUUUGGUGUCUGCAGCAGUUUCUGCAGCAGUUUGGUGUCUGCAGCAGCGUCUGCAGCAGUUUGGUGUCUGCAGCAGUGUCUGCAGCAGUUGUUCUCCAUGUUGACUUCAGCGGAGCGAGGCACCGCCGGCGGGACAAACCCCCAAACACAGUGCCUGAUGGGGAAUAUUUGGUAAAAUAUAUAAAUAUUUUAUAAAGGAAUCUGUUCCUGCAGUAACAUCGGUCACACAUUUGAAAUCCAGACUUUUCUCUACAUUUAAUCAGAUAUGAAACAUUUUAACAUGACACAAUAAUCAAUACAAUAAUCAUCUUAAACAAAGUCUUUGUGCAACUUGCUGGCUUCUGUGAAUGAGAACUAAUAACAUUUCAUAACUGAUAACUAAAGAGGAAUCUCGGCCAGAAGGCAGGUCUUUAUUUUUCUUUUCUCUUUUUGCAAAUGUAUUCUGCAGAAUUCUGAUAAAAUUGUUUUUAACUUUUGUUCAGUUUUUUUUCCUACAAAAAUGUUUACAAUUUUUUAAUUGAUGUAAUUUCGAUGAUUCCCCCUCAGAACUCCAAUUUUAAUAAAAAUCAAUAACGUUAUGA